ACGCGUACCGGACCCAUAACAGUAUAAGUGAAUUUGGAUAAGAAAGGAGCCGCCUAGAGAGAAGAAGGCGAUCCAUGGCGGAAUCUGUCUUCUCUUGUAUACCAGAAGACGUAGUCUUCAACAUCUUCUUCAAGCUCCAAGAUGAUCCAAGAAACUGGGCUCGUCUCGCUUGCGUCUGCACCAAAUUCUCCUCAAUUGUUCGAAACGUUUGUUGUAAAACUCAGUGCUACUCCGCUAUCCCCACCGUCAUCUCCGAUCUCCUCCCUCUUCCUCCCUCCGCCGCCGCAUCCGCUUCUUCAUCCACCGCGGCGGAUUCGUCUCUUACUCCUCCCGGUGGUUGGGCUUCUUUAUACAAACUCGCUGUUUGUUGUCCUGGUCUCUUCCACGCUGGAAUUCUCCUCGAAAACUCCGAUUUCGGUUUAGAACGUGAGCUAGGUCCCGAUCAAAACCUCGAUCCGAAACCUACUACGACGGAUCUAGCUCUUAACGACGAAGAAGUUUCGAAACCAGUUGGAUCUGGUUUAGAAACGACUUCGUUUUGGUCUCUAUAUGAUGAUCUCUACACAGAUACUAUUCCCGCUCCUCCUCCCGAAGAUUCAAUCGACGAUCAAGAAGAAGAAAUCGAAACGAGUGAGAUCAGACCUGGACGAGAUCUUCCGGUAAGGAAACGAAGGAAGAUUUGUCGAUCUCUAGGAUCUCAUUUAGCUUCCGGUGGCUGGAACCUUAGCCGUGAACAAGGCAACAAGCUUCUCGCGAGUAGAUUCCGAGGUGAUUGUCUCUACAUUUGCAAUUGGCCUGGGUGUAUUCACGUAGAAGAGAAACGAAAUUACAUGUUGUUUAGAGGAGUCUUCAAGGAUUUCAAAAGGUCUAGAGUUUGGAGAACGAUAAACGACGGUAAUCGGAGUAAGACCUCGGGUUUGAAAUGCGCGUUUUGUUUGUGCGAUGAGACUUGGGAUUUGCAUUCAUCGUUUUGUUUGAGAAGAGUGUUUGGGUUUCAUGAUGAUGGUGAACCAGUUGUGAGAGCUUAUGUUUGUGAGAAUGGUCAUGUCUCUGGUGCUUGGACUGCUUUACCUCUCUACACUUGAUAGCUCACUAGAGAGGACAGGUCUUUCAUUCUUCUUCCACGGUCUCAAGUCUCAAUCUUGUUUGAUGUAUUUGUAGGAAUAGUGUCAUUGUGUUUCAAAUUCUGGUUAAUGUUUAAGUAAUGGUUGAAGAAAAUUGGCUCAACAUAUUGUGGUUGUUUUGUUUCAAUGUUGACAACAUAUUAGACUUCGAUUCAAAUGCAUAAACUCUUACGUC